AUGGUAAAAGCUAUUUGUGUGGUUAAAGGGGCAGUUGUAAAUGGAACUAUAAUAUUUUCACAAGAAAAUGAAGGAUCUCCAGUUUAUGUGAAUGGUACUAUUAGUGGGUUAAGCGGUGGUUUACAUGGUUUUCAUAUUCACGAGUUUGGAGAUACAAGCAAUGGUUGUUUAAGUGCAGGAGCACAUUUCAAUCCAUUUCAUGUUGAACAUGGUGGUCCAAACAGUGCAAUUCGUCAUGUUGGUGAUUUAGGGAAUAUAACAUCAUGUCCUUCUAGUAAAGUUGCCAACGUAUUAAUACAAGAUAACGUUAUCUCUCUAUUCGGGGACUUGUCAAUAAUUGGGAGAACAUUGGUAGUUCACGAAAAUCAAGAUGAUUUAGGAUUAGGAGGAAAUUUAUCAAAAACAACUGGAAAUGCUGGAGCAAGAGUAGCAUGUGGAAUUUUGGCAAAGAUUUAA